GUUCAGCCUAGUAGUAAAACUGACCAAAAGCCAUGCACAAAACUACCUCCCCAGAGGAAGGCUGGUCCCCUCCCCUCCCUACCGAUUCGUCAUGAACAUGGCUCCAGACAGUGUCUUCCUGUCCAAGCUGAUGAAGAGUGCCGACACCUUUGAAUUGAAGUACGACUUUUCAUGUGAGCUGUACCGUUUGUCCACGUACUCAGCUUUCCCCGCUGGAGUUCCUGUAUCGGAAAGGAGCCUGGCUCGUGCUGGCUUUUACUACACGGGUGUCAACGACAAAGUCAAGUGCUUCUGCUGCGGCCUGAUGCUGGACAACUGGAAACAAGGCGACAGUCCUGUGGAAAAGCACAGGCAGCUGUACCCCAGCUGCAGCUUUGUUCGAACUCUGAAUCCAGCCGGCAGUCUGGAAACCAGCCCUCAGCCGCCUCUUCUGUCUGCAGAGCCAAGCGCCGUGCCUUCAUUAUUUGCAAGUUUGGAGAACACUGGUUAUUUCAGUGGCUCUUAUUCAAGCUUUCCCUCGGAUGCUGUGAACUUCAGAGCAAAUCAAGAUUGCCCUACUUUGAGGACAAGUCCCUACCACUUUGCAAUGAAUACGGAGAAGGCCAGAUUACUCACCUAUCAAACGUGGCCAUUGUCCUUCCUGUCACCAGCUGAGCUGGCCAGAGCCGGCUUCUACUAUGUAGGACCUGGAGACAGGGUGGCCUGCUUUGCGUGUGGUGGGAAACUGAGCAACUGGGAACCGAAGGAUGACGCUAUGUCAGAGCAUCGGAGACAUUUUCCCAAUUGCCCAUUCUUAAAAGAUCCGAGUCAAUCCGCUUCAAGAUACUCUGUCUCUAACCUGAGCAUGCAGACACACGCAGCACGAGUUAGGACGUUCUUUAACUGGCCUCCCAGUGCUCCCGUUCAUCCUCAGCAACUUGCAAGUGCCGGCUUUUAUUACACAGGACACAGUGAUGAUGUCAAAUGCUUUUGCUGUGAUGGCGGGCUGAGAUGCUGGGAGUCUGGAGAUGACCCCUGGGUGGAGCACGCCAAGUGGUUUCCAAGGUGUGAAUACUUGAUAAGAAUCAAAGGACAAGAGUUUGUUGGCCAAGUUCAAGCUGGGUACCCUCAUCUACUUGAACAGCUAUUAUCUACCUCAGACACCCCAGAAGACGAGAGCGCAGAGUCACCAAAGUUCAGCGUCAAAUCCUGGCCACUGGCGAGAACUACAGGACCGUCAGCGACCUCGUGAUAGGCUUACUUGAUGCGGAAGACGAGAUAAGGGAGGAGCAGAAGGAGCAGGCAGCCGAGGAAAUAGAGUCAGAUGAUCUGACAUUAAUCCGGAAGAACAAGAUAGGGCUUUCUCAACAUUUGACAUGUGUGAUGCCAAUCCUGGAUUGUCUCCUAAGUGCCAGGGCAAUCUCUGAACAGGAGUACGAUGCUGUUAAACAGAAACCACAGACCUUGCAAGCAAGAACCCUGAUUGAUACUGUGUUGGCGAAAGGAAACACUGCAGCAACAUCAUUCAGAAACUCCCUUCAGGAAAGUGACCCUGUGCUAUACAAAGAUUUAUUUGUGCGACAGGACGUCAGGCGUCUUCCCACAGAUGACAUUGCAGCUCUACCAAUGGAAGAACAAUUGCGGAAGCUACAGGAAGAAAGAACUUGCAAAGUGUGUAUGGACAGAGAGGUGUCCAUCGUGUUCAUUCCCUGUGGCCAUCUGGUUGUGUGCAAAGACUGUGCGCCCUCUCUGAGAAAGUGCCCCAUCUGCAGAGGUACCAUCAAAGGCACAGUGCGCACAUUUCUCUCCUAAAUGGGACCGAUGAUCCAUGGCUGAGAUGACAGCACGUGGGAGGUGGAAGCAGGAAGAGCAGAAGUUCAAGGUCAUUGUCAGCUACCUAUGGAACUUGAGACAAGCCAGGACUGCAUGAGAUACCACCUCAGAAUAAAUCGGCAAACACACGGACAAAUGAAAAAAAUGAGGGAAAAAGAAAAGUGUUGCCUAAACUCAAGAAAGAAUGGAUUAAAUAUAUAAUACUUUUAACUCUUACACUGAUUUGGUAUUCUUAAAAGUGCUAUUUAUUUCCAAAUCAGAAGGCCAUUUACUGUAAACAUAUUUAUGUAAUAUCUGCAUCUGAAGCACAUUUAGGUGCACAUUCAGAUGCCAAGAGACAGGGCUCUGUUCUUGACCCUGAAAAGCAGAUUGCCUACAUUCCUGAAAUUUUCACGGAAGACUUACGAUGUUGGCAUUUGUGGCUUAGAAUUUGAAAUCUUUCGAGUUGCUUUAAGAACUGGGAACACAGAGUUUCUACUUCUUUUUUAAGUGUUUUAUUUAUUGAAUGACAUAUUAUGGAUAUGGAAUUUUUAUAAAGAUUUUGUGAGGAAAAAUUAAUAAAACAACAAAAUUA